AUGAGCAUUAUUGUCAAAUUGGUUGAGUUGGACAAUUUCUCUCCGUAUCUUCCAAGAAUUCUCAAUGUCUAUUCGAAUAUAGUUGAAUUUGAAGAAUUAGAAUGUUUGCCAAAUCUCACCGAAGAGACCCUCAUUGAUUUAGUGAUCGAUAUUUCUAAAGCUUUACACUUUUUGCAUGAAAAUCAAAUAAUACACAGAGAUGUUAAACCUGCUAAUAUUAUGACACGAAAUUUUAAUCACCACUGCAGAGAACAAUAUGUUUUAAUCGAUUUUGGUUUGAGUUUUUCCUAUUCCAAGAAGGAUGAUCAUUACAUUGACAACAAAACUGGUAAGAUUGUAACUGCCAAUCUUGGAACUAGUUAUUAUAAGGCUCCAGAAGUGAAUGAAGAAAGAAACUAUCAUGAAAAGAUUGAUAUUUAUUCGUUAGGUACUUCAAUUAUUCAUUUAUUAAUGAAUUCACAAAAAGUGCAAGUGACAGCAAACUGGAAACAAGAAGCUAAAGAUUUGAUAUGGCAAUUUUUAGAGUUUCAACAGUUGGUUUUACGAAUGGUAGAUGUUGAUCCUAACAAUAGACCAAGUGCUUUGAAAGUUACCGAAUGUAUGACAGAUAUUAGACAUAAUCUUUCAAAUUGA